AUGCCGACAACAGACAUGAGUUCUUCUAAGGCACAGCAACAAACACACAACCCAUGUCCUCUUCAUGCGGUGUGCAUACCAUACCUAGCACAGGGCCACAUCAACCCAAUGCUGAAACUAGCAAAGCUCCUCCACCACAAGGGCUUCCACAUCACCUUCGUCAACACCGAAUUCAACCACCGCCGCCUCCUCAAAUCCCAGGGCCCCCACUCCCUCUCCGGCACCGCCUCCUUCCGCUUCGAAACCAUCCCCGACGGCCUCCCUCCGUCCGAGGCCGACGCCACUCAGGACAUCCCGGCACUCUGUCACUCCAUUAUGCACAACUUUAUUGAUCCCUUCAGAGUCUUACUCGACAAACUCAACGACGAGGCUGCUGCAUCGUCGGAGGUAACUCCGGUGACAUGCGUAGUUUCUGAUGGGGCAAUGGGCUGCUUUACUCUGAAAGUGGCUGAAGAAAUGGGCAUACCUGCUGUUAUUUUCUUCCCUACUAGUGCUACUGGCUUAAUGGGCCAUGUUGCAUUUCCCAAACUCAUGGAAAAGGGUCUUGCUCCACUCAAAGAUGCAAGUUACUUAACCAAUGGUUACCUAGACACUGUGAUAGACUGGAUACCAGGCAUGAAUGGCAUACGAUUGAAGGAUCUCCCAAGUUUCAUUCGAGCCAUUGACAUCAAGGUUCACUACAAGAAUUAA